UGGUUUCUGCGCACAUUGGCCUCUCCGGUCGUGGACCGCGGCACGUUCAUUAUACAAAUACCCUUGACAAAUACCAGAAACCACAGACUCGAUCAUUGCUACACAGUCUUGCGCCAAAGGAGGACACGCUUCAAAAAUGGCCAACAGAAGAGACGCAUGGAUUUGUCUAUUAGCCGUGGGGAUAUGUUCUUGUCUUGCAGUUGAUUUUCCUGACAACAAGGGCAAGAAAUUUGUCGUCUUAUUUCAAGACAACGAUCCUUCUACCGAACCCGUGGAACUGUUCCUGACCACUACGGAAAAAGUGGUUGAGGCAAAAGUCAGCGCCCCACUUCUCGCAGAAAGAGGCUCCCGCCCUCACGUCGAACCAAAGACGGUAAAGGUGACCAGAGGAGAGAUCACUUCCGUGACACUGAACAAUCGACUGCGCCUCAAGGGAACCAAGAAGGAAAACAAGGGCAUUCUGAUCGAGGCUACUGGUGAAGUUAUCGUGUACGGAGCCAACAGAGGGUCGUUCAGCACAGACGCUUUCCUCUGUCUCCCAGUUGAUAUUUUAGGGACACAGUAUUACGCGCCAUCUUGGCCCAAGAAAGAUCGAUAUAUUGGGCCGCAAAUAGGUGUGGUUGCCGUUGAAGACGGGACGCGUGUCACCUUUACCUUCCCCAAUGAUAACAGAAACAUCAGCGUUUCAUAUGACGGUAGAACCUAUGUUGACGGUAGCACAUUGCAGGUGUCAUUGGACAAAUACGAGACCUUCCACGUCCAAAACGAGGCCGAUCUCACCGGCACGAAGAUCAUCUCCACCAAACCAAUUGCCGUCACGUCUGGAAACAAGCGAACCAAGGUUGGAUUCCUGACAAGCUCGGAUCAUUUGGUGGAGAUGAUCCCCCCUGUCAGCACUUGGGGAAAGAAGUUUGUGACCGUGCCUAUCGCUAAGAGGAAAGUCGGAGACAUUUUCCGCAUAAUUGCCAGCAAACAAAACACUGUCAUUUCUGUCCGGGGCACCGUCAACACAACUGUCCACAAUUAUACAGUCGACCAGGGCCAGUAUCUAGAUCUCGAUGUAGCGUCUGAUGAAUUUUUGUACAUCCACAGCAGCAACGCCAUUUUGAUCAAUCAGCUCUGCAAGACUGCUUACAGUGACAACACCGAUCCUUUCAUGAUGUACCUACCGCCAGUGGAACAGUUCUCCGGAGCCUAUACAUUUGCCACCGUGAAAAGCUCCUACAUAUCAUACAAAAACUUCGUCAACAUUGUCAUCAAAACUACAGAAAUAAAAGGCCUUGUUCUUGACGGUUCUCCUAUCAAGAAGGACGCGUUUGUCGGUAACUGGACUGUUAUCGCCGGAACAGAGUACUCUGGAAACACCAUUGCAGUCAGCCGUGGCACCCACAGCCUUUACCACGAGUCCCCAAUAGUGUCGUUCGCCGCUUUCUUGUACGGGAUGACAAACCAAGAGUCCUACGGCUAUCCAGCCGGCACCCGUCUGGCUUCCAUUGGGGACAGUUGUAUAAAGAGCAAAAGCCCCGACUACGCUGACGGUAAGGACAAUGAUUGCGACGGGCGGAUCGACGAAGAAAUUCCAAACGGUGUUGAUGACGAUGGCGAUGGGAUUAUAGACGAAGAUCUUGCCUAUGGUUCGGGGGAAAAGUGGGUACCCGGAAAUAAUGACAACACAGAUUUUGACAUCAAAUUCGCUGCACGGAAGCAAGAGGAGGAGCGAAAGACUGUGACCAUUGCGCUAGGUACCAGUAUUCCCGCCGUGGCGCUAAUCGCCCUUGGUAUUCUUCUCUACCUGUUGUACAGAAAGAAGAGAGGGAAUAAUCAACAGCAAGCCUUGGUGCCGGAGUCAGGAGGUCCUCCCGGGAAUCCCCCUGCUGCUGAAGCCUGGUAAAUCAGAGGACGAGUGAACUCAAUAGAACAAAAGACGUAACAACCUUCUAAGUUUUUUUACAGUUAACGAAAACAUUCAAAUUUAUCAAAGCCGCUUUUUUGAAACUGACCAGACUGAUUUUCUAUGAUGUCGAUUUAGUAUGAAUUUACAUUCCAUCCAAAGGCGGUUCAAAUAAACAUAUGACCAAUUAUUUAUGCGACAAUCGGAAUACUGCGGGUGAGGUUAUGUAUUCAUUAGUAUUUUGUCUAUCACAGUAAAUUCUUAAACACCGAUUUGAAUGUAUUUAUGAAACAUUUCAGACAGAGAGCUUGAGUACCUAUAUCAGAAUAACUAAGAAAGCU